AUGGCAGCGAAUGCGGUAGUCUCAUCCAGGUUUCAACGAUUUAUUAAUCAUCCUGCGGGUCCAAAAACCGUUCAUUUUUGGGCGCCGGUUAUGAAAUGGGGCUUGGUUAUUGCUGGUAUAAGCGAUCUCAAGCGACCCCCAGAAUCGUUAUCAGUAUCUCAAACUUGCGCUCUUACAGCGACAGGAUUGAUUUGGUCACGAUAUUCCACACAAAUUAUCCCUGUAAAUUAUACUUUAUUAUCGGUAAAUUUAUUUGUAGCUGGAACUGGAUUAACCCAAAUGUAUAGAAUAUGGAAUUAUCGUCGGUCGUUAAAAUCAUCACCUGAAUCAUCUAGCGAGACAUUAGUAGUAAAAAGUACCGAUUCAUCUUAA